CUGCCCGGCCAUGUGCCAACUAGCCAAGGAACUGACUAAUUAAUAGUGGUUCCUGUCCAGUCGGGACUCGUUUAUUAGACCCUUCUCCGGAGCUUCGACCGUGAGCUGAUCGAACCUGGUUCAGAAGCAGCCGCAAUGCCGGAGAACGGAAUUGAGCUGGCACAAGUGCCACCCUCCUCCGGUGCUGGUUCUUCCUUCCAUGAGACAGGGCACGCGGAUGCGAGUGGGCUCGGCGACAUCGCCAUCGACGUUCGCAUCCUGAACCUCUCCGAAACCAUCGAUCAUCAAAUGCGUGCUAGCUCACGACCUCCACCACCUCGAGCACAAAUCUAUCGUGUCCCGGAGAGGCUCCAUGCCGCCGACAAGGACGCGUACGAGCCGAGGUUCCUGUCCUUUGGACCAUACCACCGUGGCGACAAUGUAACAGAGGAAGUGCGGCGCGGCAAUAGUUCCAAGGACGAUGACCUGGCUUUCGCCCUCCAGGUCGGCGGUCCGCCGAUCCUAGAGUACAUCAAGUACAUUGCGUCCAUCGAGGCCAAAGCGAGGAGCUGCUACGGUGGCGACGUCGCCAUGGAAUGGGACGAGUUCUGCACGAUGCUGCUCAAGGUGGGUUGCAGCUGAUUGGACUGUUGGAAACUUUUGAGCCCCGAGAAGAAGAAGAAGAGGACGCAUCUCGCGGUGCCUGUGAGAGUAACCCGCCCGACGGUGAUGCGCAAGGACACGACAGCAGUAAUCAGGAGCAGUGCCAUCCUAAGACUAGUAUUCUGAGCAGUCUUAGUCAUGACUUGAUAAUGGUGGAGAACCAGAUACCUUUCUUUGUUAUCCAGGGACUCUACAAUUUGCGGGCGGGCGAUGGUGGAACAGGAAGGAAGACGAUAGCCGAGAUAGCCUGGAAAAUCGUGGUCUAAUAAUGAACAAGAUCCCGACGGCGUCCAAGUGUGAUGAGCAGUGUGAGCAUUUGGUCCACCUGUGCCAUACUUACCUGAAGCCAAGCUGCCUCCAGGUCCAGGUCCAGGCCCAGGCCCCGGCCCCGGCCCCGGCGGUCCCGGGGAAGUCAUCAGCCACACCCGGUGAGUACCGAAGAUUCAGGCGAGCCACGGAGUACUACGAGGCCGGCGUCAAGUUCAGACGGUGGUACGACGCGGACGCGGGCGCGGGCGCCAACCGCCCGUUGCUCGACGUGUCCUUCUCCAACGGGGUGCUAAGGAUGGCGCAGCACACGGUGGACGACAAGACCAACUACAUCCUCCGCAACGUCCUGGCGUACGAGCAGUGCUACCGCUGGUCGGCGACGAGCCGCGACACGAGCUACGUGGCGGCGUACGUGGUCUUCAUGUCGCAGCUGCUGAGCACGCCGGAGGACGUGGCGCUGCUGUCGCGCCGUGGGGUCAUAGAGCACAUGCUCGGCAACGACGCCGACGUGUGCGCCAUGUUCCGGGGGAUAGCGGACGGGGUCGUCUUCGACCCCGCCAGCGAGCACUACCUGAUGCCGAUUGGGGUGGCGCUGCAGGCGCACUACAAGUCGCGCUUCCACCGGUGGCGUGCCUGGGUCAUGAGGCACCGCUUCGGCAACCCCUGGCUCGCCGCCGCGUGGGUCUUCGGCGCGAUGGCCGUCCUGGGCACCAUCGUCCAGACGGUGCUGGCUGUGCUUUCCUACGUGAACCAAGCUCCCACGCACAAGGUUCUUGGUCCGGGAAUAUAGCCAGUCUACUCUCGCCUAUGCACGGCGAAAGCUUUAUCUAUGCCUCCAUCGACCUAGCCGAGUGCAAAGAACCGCUAUCUUAUUUUUUAUUGUUUAUUUGGCGAUCAAGAACCACUAUCUUAUUUAAUAAGUUUUGCGCGGCAAAAACUUUUCACCGUUCAGUACAGCAAGAACGGUUACCCCCUCAGUAUCACUAGUAGAAAAAACCCAUUUAUUCCGGUUUAU